AUGAAGGAGCUUUAAAAAAACUCAAUCUUAAAACAAUGGCCACACUAUUAAAAAAUAUUGAAAUCUUCAAAAUAUUCUUAAUGGAAGCAGAAUGAUUUAGUCUGUAAAAGAAGCAUGUUUUAUCAUACUGCAAUUGCUCUUAGUGCCUUUUAUGUGUUGAUUAGCCUAAUUGUAGAAAUUAUAGAAAUGGAAAAUAUGAGGAAUAUUGUACAAUUAACACUUUUUAUAGUCUCAGAGAUCGUAAUUAUAUGCAUCUACUCUUUUUGUAAGAAAAUCUAGAUUUACUUCCUUAUAUAAUAUUGCCUAAUUACGGUUUAUAUCUUGGUAACAGUACAAAAUGAGGAAAAAAAUAAGAUCUUCAUUUUCCUAUAUUUGAUACUCGUAAAUAGCCAUUCUAACAUAAUAAUAAAGAUUUUGCUCUAUUUAUAUUUUAGCUUCACGAUAAUAUUUUUUUACAAGCUGGAAACCCUUGAGGUUUGCAUCAUAUGUAUAAUAGCUUUUAUUCACAACUCUUAGUUGGAAUUACAUUUCAUUGGCAAUUACAUAAAAUAGUUAAAGCUACUAUCUAUUAUUGAGCAAAUGCCUAGUGCAGUUUGCAUCUUAGAUUAAAACACGAAAUAGAUAACAUACUCUAAUUAAUUAUUUGAGAAAUUAGCCUAGACACUGCAAGUGAGUGAUGAACUGGCCCAAUCCAUAAAUAAUUCGAGCAAAGAAUAAUAGCAAAUCGAUUUUAUAAGAAAUCUAAAUUUAGAAGAAAUAAAAAAUGAUGGAUUUCAAAUAUCCGAUUUCAUUCCCUAAAUAAAUGAUGAAGGCAUAACAGACGAUUAGUAUAAGAUAGUUAAUGUGGAUUUUAAAAGAUAACCAUCACAAAAUACAUUAUAAAAUGUGAGUUUUAUGUGUCCAAAUUCAGCUUCAUUAAAAAAGAAAUCCAAAGACAUUUUCAGCGAUAUCAAUACUAAUGAUUAUUUGCUAAAUUCUUCAAGAAAAAGCUAUGUUACAACAAUCCAUCUCUAAAUUUAAAUAAGUCAUUAACCUAAAUCCUUUAUUCUAUCUGCAAAAACCAAAAGAAGGAAGAAGUCCUCAAACAACAUGAACCUCAGCAAAUAAAGUUCGAGAAAUUUAGGUUAAUUUUCUAAAGUUUAGGAUAUAUAGAAUUCUAUGUAUUGCGACAAUCUGAAAUUAUCUCCAAACCAUACAGAAACCCUCAAUCACAAUUUAGUUGAACAUACAGAAUAAUUUAAAUGUGUUAAUGAUGGGUUUGGAUAAUAAUCAAGUACUAGCCAUAAGGUAAGAUUGAUGGUUAAUUUGAUACAGAUUAGUGAUGUGUUGAAUGAAGAACAAGAUUAUUAAAUUUAUUGUAUUAAUGAAUUGAGUCCUUUGCUUUUGUAGUAUACGGUAAAGAAAUUAGAAUAAGCCAAGAAAACUAUAAUGAGAUCGUUGUCUCAUGAAUUAAGAACUAGUAUUAAUGCAGUCAAUGGCUACAUCAGUGAAGCUUAUGAGAGGAUAGAUAAUAUUCAGCAACUUAAUAAGAAUUUAGAAUUGUCAUUGAAAUACAUAAAUUUGAUGAAGUUAAAACUUUAAGAUUUUUUUGAUUACAGAGAUAUUUUAGAAGACCAAUUUGAAUUGAAGGUAGAGAAAUUUGAUUUAAACAUUGCAAUCAAUCUCUGUGUAGAUUUAAUCAAAGUUUAAUGUUAGGAGAAGAAACUAAAUCUCAAUGUGGAAAUGCCCUCUGAAACGAUUAUAGCCAUAGGGGAUAAGAAUAGAUUUUAGUAAGUAUUGAUUAACCUAUUAACAAAUGGGAUUAAGUUCACAUAAUAAGGAGGAAUAACAAUUCAAGUGAGCAGGGACUUUUAACUGGAUUCCAUUUCAGGAUUAGAGGAGGUGAGGGAGAUUAAAUUACAAUAGUUGGUGCAGAUAAGAAUUAUUGAUAGUGGCAUUGGAAUGAAGGAGGAAUUGAAGGGAAUACUCAAUAAGAAAUUUCUAUAUGUGGAUGAUGAUCCAAAAAUAUCCAAAGAUUCGGUUGGGAUAGGAUUAGGUUUGAGUGUUUGUCAGCACAUUAUUAAAGCUAUGGGUCCUUAAGGGUUGAAUAGUUUGUUCUUAGAAUCAAUAAUGGGAGGGGGAUCAUAGUUUUACUUUUUUUUAAAUUAUGAUUCGAUAAAAAAGUAUCACAGCGACCAAGAUAUUCCUGAAUCAGAAAAUAAGGAAUAAACAAUAGUAAGAUUGAGUCCAACCAAGAGAAGCUUACUUAAACAAAUUGUGACCUACCAAAAUGAUGCUUGCAAUUCCAAUGAUAUUUUGAUCGUUGACGAUGAACAUUUCAAUUUAGAUAUUUUGGCAAACAUAAUUCAUAAUUUGAAUUCACAUCAUAAGAAGUAUGAAAUCACUAGGGCCUUUAAUGGAUCUCAAGCUUUGGAGAAGAUCAAAUAGAAAAGAAUACAGAAUUGUUGUUGUCUUGGAUUCAAAGCAAUUUUGAUGGACAUCAACAUGCCUAUUAUGAAUGGUUGGGAUUGUGCCAAAUAAAUCAGAAUAUUCGAAGAUUAAUAUAAGGUUUAGAGGAAAAUCCCAAUUAUAGCUAUCACUGGAUAUAGUGGAAAAAAAGACUUGGAAAAAUGUUUCAAAUACGGAUUUGAUUAUGUAUCUACAAAACCUACUGAUAAAUAAAAAAUAUUGAAGAUAUUUUAAGAAUUUAAUAUAUGA